GGUGGCUAUAUAAGAGAACGACCUAGCUUCCACUAUCGUGCUACACCCCACAGAUUCACAGGUCGAGCCUUCUCACUAACCAAGUUGUGUCACCAUUAUUAUAUUAAUCGUCAACCUUCUUUCUUCAGCUCGUGCCUCUCCUUCAUCCGCAAAUCCCCUCCAACAGAGUAAAAUCCUGACUUCUAGAGACUUCAUUCAACUCCAUUUCGAGAGACGUCAAGAGAUCACCGCGCAAAAAUGGACAAUCCUGGUCGAUCCGGCACCACACCGUCGAAACGGCGACUUCCUUCAUCUGCCAUCGUCACAACGUCUUUCCUCAUCGCCAACUUGCACUGCCCAUCAUGCGUUUCCGCCAUAAAGGAAGCUCUCCACGAUGCCUGUGGUCACGAUAUCCUCUGGGUAUCGCCCAAUAUCGUCACAUCCGUUGUCGCAGUGCAGCAUAAGUACGUCGGUUCCGGUGCUGCCGACGCCAUCUCCCGCAUGGCUCGGUGCCUCGGGGAUACCGGCUUCGAAAUAUCCACCAUAUCCACGACCGCCAUCGCCGCAGGCAGCAAGAGUUUGGCUAACUUGACAGAUUUGACAACGGCGGGUUCGGCCCGAGGCCAGGCCGCUCGUCGAAUGGGGCCUCAUUCUGACGUCCUAUACAGCAGCGAUGAUGGACCUCUCGACCGGCUGCUCGAUCUCUCAGGCCUCGCCUUCUCUUCAGCUGCCGCCGAGUCUCGCAACCGACGAGAAGCACACCUUGCCAACUAUGAGCAGUGCCGACUUUCAAGCCAGACCUCGCCGCAUUCUGGGAAAUCACCCCGAAAAUCACCCCAUGUUUCCAAU